AUGGAGAUCGAGGAACCGGUGGAGGCAGUACGUGAACUCGUCCUGCGAACGAGGACGAUCAGAAUCCCGGUUCCUGCCAUGCAAGAAGCAAUGACUGCGGCACCUCCGGAAAAGUUCGAACCAGCUGAUUUAAAAGAUCUUCCGGAGCAACUCCGAAGAGAGUUGAUAGUGCCGCAAGCAGAGCCAUACACGGUGGCACAAGGAGAAGGAAACAAGAACAUCGUGUGUGGCCUCUGCUGCAGGCAGUUUGAAACGUUGAAAGGGUGGCGCAUUCACGCGUCGAGAACACACAAGCAAGAUGGGUUUUUGUGCCCGUUGUGGGCAUUACCUCUUGCUGCCACCUGA